CUUCUGCUUCUGCUAUUACAGGGAAGAUGGCUGCUCAUAUCAAAGAAGAAAAAACUCAGGUUUUACCUGACUUUCUGAAUCUGAAUGAUUUGGCCUGCAAAACUAUGGGAGGAAAGGUUUUAUUUGCAACAGAUGACUUUUUUGCUCCUGCAGACAACCUUUUAAAGAAACAGAAUCCAGAAUUCAAAGUAGAUACAUUUACUGCAUAUGGCAAGUGGAUGGAUGGAUGGGAGACAAGGAGGAAAAGGACUCCAGGACAUGAUUGGUGCAUUAUCCAGUUGGGAGUACCAGGCACUAUCCAUGGAUUUGAAGUAAACACAUCUUUCUUUGCUGGAAAUUGUGCUCCCCGUAUAUCUGUUCAGGCAGCAUGCUUGAAACGAGUUGAGAUACCAGAAUUGUGGCCAAGAGGGGACAGAAUAGGAACUGCAGCUUCUGAUGAAGAAUUUGAAGCUGUCAAGAAGAUGAAGUCAGAAGAAUGGAACUUUCUGGUUCCAAUGACAGAAUUAAAGCCAGGAUCCCUUGAUACUAGCCAAAGUUAUUUUUCUGCCCAUUCUAAGCAGAGAUGGACUCAUGUACGGUUCAACAUCUAUCCAGAUGGUGGGAUUGCACGAUUCAAAGUGUUCGGUAUCAUACAGAAAGACUGGUCAGCUUCUGGCCUAAAUGACUUAGAUGACUUGGUGGCAAUGGCGAACGGCGGUGUCUGUGUUGGAUUUAGCUCUACUCAAUUAGGUCACCCAAGAAAUAUUUUAUGGCCAGGAAAAGCGACUUCAAUGAAAGAUGGCUGGGAAACAGCAAGAAGAAUGGAUAGACCACCGGUUGUAAAAGUUGAUGACAAAGGUAUUCUCUUGAUACCAGGUCAUGAAUGGGCAGUUUUUCGUCUAGCACAUCCUGGUAUAAUAACCCAUAUUGAAAUAGACACUACUCACUUUAAAGGUAACUUUCCAGAUACAUGUCAAGUUGAGGCCUGUGUCUUGAACGCAGAAGAAGAAAAAGAAUGUUUAACACAGAAAUGGAAUCUUAAACAGGGUCUAAAAUGGAUCCCUUUGCUUUCUGUUGCAAAACUUAAACCUAACAAGAGGCAUUUCUUUGAUGGCACAGUCAUGCAAAUGCAAGAUGCAAUUACUCAUGUAAGACUCGUUAUUUGUCCUGAUGGAGGAGUAAGUAGGAUGCGUCUCUGGGGUUUUCCACGUACUCUGUUAUCUAAAAGCAAAUGAACAAGAGCCUUGAAAGUUUUAAGGGUUAUACAAUAGAAGUUAACUUCUUGGCUAUCAUAUACAGUGGUAUAUAUUAAUUAAAUAGGAUGCAUUCACUGCAUCAAGCAUGAUUUUACCAGUAAUAAACAAAAAUUUUUGAUUUUUUUUAAUGGUUUGUCAUUAUAAAACAGUUUCUGCAGUUUUAGGAAUAUAAUCAGUGAAAUAUAUUUUUGCAAAUAUGUAUCAUUUAUAUAGUGCCUGUAAUUAGCCAGUGACCACAUACAAUUCUCUGAAUAGUAAUAGCACAUCUUAGGUAAGCAUCAACAUUUAUCAUUAAGUGAUUGUAACCACGCUGCAAGCCCUCUAAUUGUCCUAAAAUGUACAGCUGCAGUGUCCUACUGGUGAAAUGAAAUGAAAUAUCUAGCUAAAAAUAAAUCAGAUUUUUUUUUAAUUAUGGGUGUGACUUAAUUAAAAAACAAUCAAAAAGUUCAAUGUAUAUUCAAUUGCCUCUAUUCUUUUGUUUUACUUACAAUGUUUGAUAAUUAAAUAAUAAUGAUUCUGUAUUCAUAAACAUCUCUACAACUUAGGUUUCUGAUAUGAUAAAGUACUUUGAUAUUUUGCAAGUAAACAUGCAAGCUUACUUGUUUACCUCCAUCAUUCUUAUGUGUGUAGAUAAGUUUGCAUUAUACAGGCAGAUGUAGACAUAUAUUGAGUAUUGGUGAAAUUUGAAAACAUAUUAAUUUGCAUAAAUCCAAAAUGAAAAUUGAGACAAUCAUUUUAACCUUUUUCAUACAUGUUUUGCUGCUUUAUGAUGUUUCAAAUAUUGUGUCUUUCUUUAUGGGCCUAGGCUAACAUUUUCAAAACUGGAUGCUCAACAUUAUGUUUCUGAAGCCAUAUUUGGCAAUCUGAGUACAUUAUCUGACUUUUCCUGGAAGUCUACUAGAUGACAAUGGGAGCUACAGGGUUUUCAACACUUCUAAAAUUUGGGGUAUCUCAUUUCACUGCCCAAAUAUGGCUUUUAGACUUGAAUCAUCCAGUUUUGAAACUGAUGACUCUAGAUUCUACUUCAUGAUUCAGCAUUUCUUUUAGAUGAAAAAUAGUAAGAAUAGAGUUGAUGAAGCUUUUUGGAGAUAAUGGCCAUGGACAGGCAUUCAUUUCUAUUGCUGAAAAUUUCUGGGAGAUUUGUAGUGGUUAAAAUUUUUCCUAGAGAGUACAAGUGUUCCAGUCUGUAGAUGCCCCCUUUCCAGCUCCCCAUGCCUUUCCAAGACAGGGUCACCCAGUGCUGUGACAAGGAGGUUUGGCAUCUAGGGCAAAGCCCGCAGCAGCAGCCUGCCCUCACCCCGUGCAAAGAUCUGGGGGGCACACGCCCCUCCCAUACUUGCCCAGGGGUGCAUGCAAUGGUGGGAGCUGCCCUCCCCUCAUCCCCGUGCUCUCCCAAACGAGCCACUUGUGGCUCUGUCCCGUGCUCCGCCCCGACUGGCAGCGCUUGUUGGUGUCCCUUCGCUAUGGCACUGGGGUCACCCCAGCCUGAGGAAGUGAGAUCUACUCUGGGAGAACAGUUUCAGCUGGACUCCUCCAUAGCACAGGAAGAGUUCAGCUGUGAGGAAACAUCUCUGCAGCUUUCCCAGACUGGGUUCCCUUGGUUUGGAGAGGGUGCAGGGAAAGCUGCAGCUGGACUUUUCUUGUGCUGAAGAUAGGUCUCCCUGGUGCUGGGAAGGUUGGGGUUGGGGGUGGGGGUGGCGUUAGCAGUUCAAUUCCACCCUUGAGAGAUGAGCUGUGAGAAAAUGCCCCUUCCCCAGACCCAAGUGCCCCUCAGUGUUUGGGGGAAGCUGCCGUUUGAUUCCUCCCAAUCACUGAGCAGUUGAGCAUACAGGCGUUCAUACAGGCGUUUGUUCUAGUGAGAGAAACUGGUCACUGUGGGGAAGGAAAAGGCAAUCUCACAAGCUGCUUUACUUUCCACACCGUGGGCACGCAUAUGGCUCAGUCCUUGAGCACCUCUAGUUUGCACCUUGCCUUUAAUGGAAUUUACGAUGGUGGUUGGGAAUAGCUAACGUUAUGGGCAGACUGGGGCUGAGAUUGGCCUUUUUGUGGAACUUGAGAGUAACUGCAGAGACCUGAUAAUGUGAAGCCUGGUGGCACCAUUUGUGGACUUUUGCAUUGCUUCUAUAUGCAUUCCCACCCUUACAUUCUUUUCCAGUUCAAAUUGUCAACUUUUGGUGUAUCCUCUGUUCUUACUGGUUGUAAGUGUUUUACUACUGUUCUAUAUAGUUACAGUAACUUCAUAAUAUAUAUAACCUUUGCAUUGGCUUCCAUUAUUUCUGAAUAAGAAAGCCACUCUACCAAUUAUAUUAAUGCUUAUUACAUUUGAAAUAAAUAUUUGCUUUCGAGUUUUUAGUAAGGUAAAUGGCAGCAUGUAUGAAUGACAGCAAAUACAAGAAGCCCUUUUCUAGAAUUAUGAAUGUUAACCUCUCUCUCUGCACGGAUUGUAGGGAUACAGGCUUUACUAACAUAAAUACAAAUGAACCCUGAGUCCAAGGAACGGAGAACGUUUCUUCUCCCCCACCCCCUUUGUACACGGAUAGGCAUUAUGAAAUGUUAUAUAUUGUACCUACCUUGUGUAUAGAUAUCGAACCUGGGUAAUACUGAAUUUUAUCUGAUUUUAAUUGUUCAUUAUAUUGUAUUUGGGGACAUUAAAAUAUGUUGUGACAUAUGAUAUACUGUUAUUUGUAUGCUACUUUUAUACCCA